AUGCAGGACGUCUGGACUUCCCGCAAAUCUGAGGAGACCCAAGGCUACGCGGACCGCAACGAAUGGAAGAACUUCUUUUCUGCGAUCAAAGCUGUCUACAGUCCGCCGACAAAGGGCACUGAUCCUCUCCUCAGCGCCGACGGCAGUACUCUCCUGACUACAAAAACACAAAUUCAAUAGGGAUGGGCCGAGCAUUUCCGGGGCGUCCUUAACCGCCCCUCCGCCAUCUCCGACGCCGCCAUCGACCGCCUGCCGCAAGUGCAGACCAACGUGGACCUCGACCUUCCGCCAUCUCUCCAGGAAACCAUAAGGACCGUGCAGCAACUCUCUAGCGGGAACGCACCCGGAUCGGACGCGAUCCCUGAUGAGGUCUACAAGCACGGAGGCCCCCAACUCAUGGAUCACGUGACUACGCUCUUCCAGGAGAUGUGGCGUCAAGGCGAAGUCCCGCAAGACUUCAAAGACGCAACAAUCGUUCACCUAUACAAGCGAAAAGGGAAUCGUCAAGUCUGCGAUAAUCACCGUGGCAUCUCCUUGCUAAACAUCGCUGGGAAUAUCUUCACUCGCAUCCUUCUCAACCGCCUCAACAAUCAUCUGGAACAGGGCCUUCUGCCGGAAAGCCGGUGCGACUUCCGUCAUCAUCGUGGGACCACGGAUAUGAUCUUCGCCGCCCGCCAACUUCAGGAGAAAAGUCAGGAGAUGCGGAUCCACCUGUACUCUACCUUUGUGGACCUGACGAAAGCCUUUGACACGGUGAAUCGUGAAGGACUGUGGAUGAUCAUGCAAAACAUUCGGCCGUCCGGAGCGAUUCACUCAGAUGGUGCGUCAGCUGCACGACGGUAUGAUGGCGCGAGUCACGGACAACGAUGCUGUCUCAGAGGCAUUCUCAGUGACUAACGGAGUGAAGCAGGGAUGCGUGCUGGCACCGACCCUCUUCAGUCUCAUGUUCUCUGCCAUGCUGAUGGACGCCUACCGUGACGAACGGCCCGGGAUCCGCAUCGCCUACAGGACGGACGGCCACCUCCUCAACCUCAGGCGGAUGCACUUCCAAUCGCGCGUAUCCACAACCACCGUUCACGAACUCCUCUUCGCCGACGACUGCGCCCUGAACACCACCUCAGAGGAGGAGAUGCAACGGAGCACGGACCUGUUCUCCGCCGCCUGCGAGAAUUUCGGUCUGGUCAUCAACACGCAGAAGACGGUGGUGAUGCACCAACCGCCACCCAACACCACCACUACCCCCAAAGCGCCAUAA